AUGUCAAUCGACCUCUCCUUUCUCGACCACCCUAGCUUCGGCUCGUCGUACGCCUUUGACGCCGACGACGCGGCGGCGCCGCUCUCGCCGGAGGCCGCCUCCUCCGUGACAUCUUGGGACAAGUACAUGCGGCCGUCGCCACCCCCGCCCGGAGGCGUCGCCGCCGCUCCGGCCGCCUCCCUCGGCCUGCACGCCCGCAGCGAGGCUCCUCCGCCGCCGCGCAGCCCGCCAUCGCCCGAACGCGCCAGCGGUCUCGGAGACGCCCUCGACGACGGCCCCAGCCUCGACGCGAGCGCUGCUUCGGCCGACGCGGCGUCGGCCGCCUUCGACGCGCUGGCGCGCUACGAGGAGUCCCUCCUUGCCUCGGCGGCAGCCAUCUCCGCGGCGCUGCCCGCCCGUCCUCCUCUCCUGCCGCGGACUCGGCACCGCACGCUGCGGCCGCCUCUCGGCCGCACCGCGGCUGCAGGAGGCUGCAGGCGGUCGCUCGCACUGUAG